AUGGGGCAUGCAUUUUGGGAUGAUGAACAGCCUGCGCGAAUGAGUUGGAGUAGAAAUGCGAGGUUGUUCGCGGGGGAGAGUGAAAGGGGGGCGUAUUUGCCGGUUGAAAAAGUUACGAGGAUUAUUGUCGAAUGUUUGGGUUAUCAAGGAUGGGUUAGUAUGGAAUUGUUCAACAGGUCAAUGGCUGAAAAGGGAGAGAAUGUCCCAGAUGAACAUGCUAAGAGAGCGGAGGAUUCUUGGAAGGUAAUCAAGAGUUGGACCAAGUGGCCGAAACUUAAUGACUGA